AAAUUUACAGAGGAUUCAUUCCGGCAAAUUGGCUCAUCAAUGUCGCUGCCGUGCCGUGAAAGGCAAUCCAAUGGCGGCCCGGCCAUAUUAUGCACUCUAUAAUUGAUAUUAAGGUGCCAAGACUUAUCCGGCGAAAAAUCCUUCAAAGAUUUAUUAGAAAUUUUACUUGCUUAGUGAGAAAGAACUCGAUUCCUCAUCACCAUAGCUGUUGUUGGUCUCCUUAUCGGUUUUGUUGUCGGUCGCCAUGGUCGGAGAAAUCCAACAAAAAACUUCCCCAAAAAUUAAAAUGAAAACAUAAUAUUAAUAAAAAAAAGUGAAAAAAAUCUUGUUUUCAAAAUGUCAAAAUGUACAAAUUAAGGUUAGCAAAAGGAAAAUAUGUGAAAAGUAAAUAGUGAAAGGGAAAAUCACACAGAUUAUUCUAAGCCAAACGGCUAUUGGUUUGGCGAGAUGAGGUGAGGUGAGGUGAGGUGAGGUGGAAAGGAAAGGGUGGGGUUGACUGAAUGAAAAUUAGUAGUGGCAAUCAUAAAAAGUUGGAGUGGAUUUGGAGCUCCAAAGUUUCAGCAAUGGCGAAGAGGCGAACCACGAGGCUCACCUUAUUCGUCAUCACCUUUCUUUCUCUUGUAGCCUUCGGUAUCUUUGUCCCUGUCUUUGCUCUCCUUCCUCCUCUUUCUUCUCACUCCACUCAUCAUCCUACCCCAAUUAAAAAGGUUAGUGCUAAGAAAUUUGAAAUUUCUGCUGACAAAUUCUGGAAAGAUGGUCGGGCAUUCCAAAUCAUUGGGGGAGACCUGCACUAUUUUCGAGUUCUUCCUGAGUAUUGGGAUGAUAGGUUGUUGAGAGCAAAGGCUUUGGGUCUGAAUACUAUUCAAACUUAUGUUCCUUGGAAUCUCCACGAACCAAAGCCUGGAGCUUUUAAUUUUGGUGGUAUUGCAAAUUUAGUAUCAUUUCUUAAACACUGCCAGAAUCAAGGUUUCCUUGUUAUGCUACGGCCCGGACCAUACAUAUGUGGAGAGUGGGAUUUAGGGGGAUUUCCUCCUUGGUUACUAGAUAUAAAGCCAGCUCUCACACUAAGAUCAUCAGAUCCCGCUUACCUGAAACUGGUUGAAAGAUGGUGGGGAGCACUACUUCCAAAGAUAGCUCCAUAUCUUUACAAGAAUGGAGGUCCUGUUAUAAUGGUCCAGAUUGAAAAUGAAUAUGGUUCAUAUGGAAAUGACAAGGCUUAUCUUCAUCACCUAAUCAGAUUGGCAAAAUAUCACCUUGGAGAGGAUGUAAUUUUGUAUACUACAGAUGGAGGAACUAGAGAAACACUUGAGAAGGGAACAAUUCGUGGAGAUGCUGUCUUUUCAGCUGUUGACUUCACCACUGGUGAUAACCCUUGGCCCAUAUUUGACUUACAAAAGAAGUUCAAUGCACCUGGGAAAUCACCACCACUUUCUGCGGAGUUCUACACAGGUUGGCUUACACACUGGGGUGAGAAGAUUGCACAGACUGAUGCUGAUUUUACAGCAUCUGCCUUGGAAACGAUUUUGGGGAGGAAUGGUUCUGCAGUUCUUUAUAUGGCACACGGUGGAACAAACUUUGGAUUUUAUAAUGGAGCAAACACUGGAUCAGAUGAGUCUGAUUACAAGGCUGAUCUUACUUCCUAUGACUAUGAUGCACCCAUUAGGGAGACAGGGGACAUAAACAAUGCAAAAUUCAAAGCUUUGCGAAGAGUUAUAGAGAAAUAUGCUGGACAAUCUCUUCCGCCAGUUCCACCUGAUAAUGAAAAGAUAGGAUAUGGAUCCAUUCACUUAACAAAGACAGGCAAUUUGCUUGAUAUGCUUCCUCAUUUUGAUGUUGUUGAAUCUGAAAAUCCAAUGCCAAUGGAUUCUGUCGGCCAGAUGUUUGGCUUCUUGCUAUAUGUAACUGAAUAUGCUGCAAAGGACAACAUCAAUGACAGAAUUCUGUCGAUACCAAAGGUGCAUGACAGAGCUCAGGUGCUUAUAUCUUGCUCUUCUGGACUUAAAGCUGGAAGACCAACAUUUGUUGGUACAAUUGAAAGAUGGUCAACUGGAAGACUAAACCUUCCUAGUACUAAUUGUGUGUCCAGCAUCAACUUAUUUAUAUUGGUAGAAAAUAUGGGUCGUCUAAAUUAUGGGCAAUAUAUAUUUGAUAGAAAGGGAAUCUUAUCCUCUGUUUACCUAGAUGGGAGUAUUCUCAGCAAAUGGAAAAUGUACAAAAUUCCUAUUCCCAACCUUAAUGAGAUUCCAGAAAAUAAUCCCAUCAAGCAGGCUUCUUAUUCUAGAGUUUUUGAUAUUUCAGCUCGCAAAAAGUUAAAAGAAAAGCAAGUGAUUGUUUCAAAAGAACCAGCAUUUUAUGCUGGUCAGUUCCAUAUUGACAAUGAAGACAAAAUAAAAGAUACAUUCAUAUCAUUCAACGGUUGGGGUAAAGGAAUUGCAAUAGUUAACGAUUUCAAUGUUGGAAGGUUUUGGCCGUCAAUGGGACCCCAGUGCAACCUCUAUGUGCCUGCUCCACUCCUUAAGCCUGGGGAAAAUGUUGUGAUGAUAUUUGAGUUGGAAGAUCCAAACCCAGAACUCGUGGUAAGCUUUGUUGAUCAACCAGACUUCACAUGCGGUUCAAGCAAACAACAUUUCCGUCAUCAGCUUUAGUACCAACACUUUCUAUGAGAUGUUCUAUACACUGCUAAAUACAAGGCAGGCUGCAGUUCAGAAAGCGAUUUGCAUUUGCAAUUUCUAUUUAUAAUACCCUGGAGAAGUACUCAAAGGAAAGAAAGAAAGGUGGAAUAAUAGACAUGGUGAAGGGAAAAAAAAAAUGUAUGCACUCCUAUUAAAUAAUACCUGAUAUUUCCACGUGAGCUCAUUAUGCUCUAUCACCAUGUAAAGGUUGGACAAUGGUUGAAAUAAAACGCAGGAAAAUGAAGUCUUGCUGAACAUUAAAUCUUA